AUGCUGAAGUUAAGCCCUCCAGAGAAAUUUGAUUUUUCCAAACUGCUCGACUGGCCAGAUUGGAAGCAGAAUUUCCUGCGAUUUCGACUCGCGACGAAACUUCACAAAGAGGAAGGCACUGUGCAAGUCAGUGCUCUCAUUUACACAAUGGGAAGAGAAGCAGAACAUGUGUAUAAGUCUUGUACCUUGGCUGAUGGAGAUGAUGCAAAAAUUGACAUGAUUUUGCCGAAGUUUGAUGAACAUUUCGUGCCAAAAUGGAACAUAAUUCAUGAGCGGGCACGUUUUCACCAAAGGAUCCAAAAGCAAAGAGAGACAGUAGAAUUGUUCGUACGAAGUCUUUAUGAAUUAGCCGAACACUGUGAUUUUGGGGACAGCCGUGAUCAGCAAAUACGGGACAGAAUUGUCUUUGGAAUUCUUGAUAAAGGUGUGCCGCAGAAAUUACAGUUAAAGUCGGAUUUAACGCUGGAAGUCGCGAUUCAAGUAGCUCGCCAGUCAGAAAUGGUCAAGUCUCAGGUUACUGAUCAGAAUUCCCUUGCAUCGAAGGAUGUUGAAGAGGUGCACAGUAAGAAGAAACCGGCUAAUCCGCGUUGGCAAGAGGGAAAAGGAAAGAAAGAGGAUCCAUCUCAAAAGCAAGGUCAGAAGAAGUGUGGCAGAUGCGGUCUCCAUCACUCAAAGCCUGAACACUGUUUAGCAAAAGAUAAACGAUGUUUGAAAUGUCAAAAAGUGGGUCACUUUGCAGCUGUUUGUUGGUCCAAGUCGGUGAGUGAGGUGAAUAGUAGUGGUGGUAGUAGUGCUUCAAAUGAUAGCAGUGCUGGUCGUUGGUUCUUAGGUGCGUUGUCAAGUGAUUUAGAUCAGGAUGACAAAUGGAAGGUCCAGCUUAAGGUCAGUGGUAAACCUCUGGUGUUCGAAAUUGAUACCGGUGCUGAUAUUACUGCCAUUUCAAAGUCUACUUUUGAUAGUUUGCCAAAUCAGCCCAAGUUACUUCCAGCGAAGAUAGCUCUUUUCAGUCCAGGAGGCAAGUUGCAGUGCACUGGGCAGUUUACAACAGCAGUGACAUAUUGCAACAAGAAGUACCAACUCAAUGUUUUUGUAAUCAGUGGAGAACAUGCUAGCAACUUGCCGGGUUGA